AUGCCCUCCCUCUGGACCGUGGCCAUUGUGGCUGGCGUUGCUGCCGCCAUCGACCCUCCUCGAGCGCCUGAGCACCCCAAACCUGAUGGCGACCGCCUGCUCGCUUUCAACGAGACCGUCCCGCGGGCGGUCUACGGCCCCAAGUCCAUCUCUGUUGCCUGGUCGUCUGCCGGCAACGAUGGCCAGUACAUCACCACCAACAGCGAUGGUGACCUGGUCCUCGAAGACAUUGUCACGGAAACGACCGAGACCUUUGUCCCAGCUGACCAGCUGCCCGAGGACUACAGCGAGUACUGGAUCAGCAGCGAUGCCUCCCGCGUGCUCCUCUCGGCCAAUGCUACCAAGCAGUACCGCUACUCGUACUUUGCCGACUACUUCAUCCUCGACGUCGAGUCCGGCGAGUCCACGCCCCUGGUGGACGACCAGGUCGGUGACAUCCAGUACGCCGAGAUGGCACCCACUGGCGACGCCAUUGCCUUUGUGAGGGAUAACAACCUGUACCUCCGCGACCACGCCACCGGCGACAUUACGCAGAUCACCAACGAUGGCGGCCCGGACAUGUUCCACGGUGUGCCCGACUGGGUCUACGAGGAGGAGAUCUUCGGCGGCCGCUACACCCUGUGGUUCUCGCCCGACGCCAAGUUUGUUGCUUUCCUGUCCUUCAACGAGACCGGUGUUGGCACCUUCACCAUCCCGUACUACAUGAAUAACCAGGAGCUCGCCCCUGUGUACCCCGACGAGCUGGACUUGCGCUACCCCAAGGUCGGCAGCAAGAACCCCACCGUCCAGCUGAACAUCCUCGACGUGGCCUCCGGCGAGUUUGAGACUGUCGAGACCGAUGCCUUCCCGGAGGACGAGCUGGUCAUUGGCGAGGUGGCCUGGGUCACAGACACCCACACUGAUCUCAUCUACCGCGCCUACAACCGCGUCCAGGACCACGAUGCCCACGUUGUCGUCGACCCCGUUGCCCUGACAAGCAAGACAGUCCGCGAGCGCGACGGCUCGGACGGAUGGCUCGAGAACACAAUGUCCAUUAGCUACGUUGGCCCCCUCAAGUCGUCCUGCAACAACACGUACUACGUUGACAUGUCGGACGAGUCUGGCUGGGCACACAUCUACCUGUACCCCGUCAAGGGCGGCAAGGCCAUCCAGCUGACCAAGGGCGACUGGGAGGUUGCCUCCAUCCUCAAGAUCGACACCAAGCGCAGCCUGAUCUACUACUCGGCCGCGCAGCGCCACAGCACCGAGCGCCACGUCUACAAGGUCUCCUACAAGACCAACGAGAUCACGCCCCUGGUCGACGACAAGGUGGCCGGCUACUGGUCUGCCUCCUUCUCGUCCGAGGGCGGCUACUACAUCCUGACCUACGCCGGCCCCAACGUCCCUUACCAGGAGCUGUACACCACCAACUCGACCUCCAAGCCGCUGCGUACCCUUGUGGACAAUGCCGAGUUCAUCGAGACGCUCUCCGAGUUCCGCAUCCCCAGCGUGACCUGGUUCGAGCUCGAGCACCCCGACGGCUACAAGAUGAACGUCCAGCAGAACCUGCCGGCCAACUUUGACCCAUCCAAGAAGUACCCGGUCCUGUUCACGCCGUACGGCGGCCCCAACUCGCAGACCGUCGCCAAGCGCUUCCAGUCCAUGAACUGGAACAUGUACAUUGGCUCGGACCCCGAGCUCGAGUACAUCACCUACACGGUCGACAACCGCGGCACCGCCAUGCAGGGCCGCGCGUACCGCUCCCUGGUCACCUCGCAGCUCGGCAAGCUGGAGCCCCUGGACCAGAUCUGGGCCGCCGAGCAGCUCAUUGCGCAGAACGACUUUAUCGACGCCAAGCGCGUCGGCAUGUUUGGCUGGUCCUACGGCGGCUACCUGACCGCCAAGACGCUCGAGGUCGACUCGGGCGUCUUCACCCUCGGCCUCAUCGUCGCGCCCGUGUCCGACUGGCGCUUCUACGACACCCUCUACACCGAGCGCUAUAUGAAGACGCUCGACGGCAACAAGGACGGCUACCUCGAGACGGCCGUGCACAACGUCGACGGCUUCAAGAACGUGGCCGGCGGCUUCUCCGUCCUGCACGGCACCGGCGACGACAAUGUGCACUACCAGCACACGGCGGCUAUGAUCGACCUGCUCGUCGCCGAGGGCGUGCCCCCCGAGAAGAUGCACAUGUUUGCCUUUACCGACAGCGACCACAGCAUCAACUACAACGGCGCCGACGUCUGGAUCCGCAAGUACCUGACCGACAGGCUGUUUGACGAGAAGCUGCGCAAGGUGGAGGGCGAGCGCCUCGUGCACCAGUGGUCCAAGAGGGCUGUCGUCUAG